GAGCUGCUCCAGCCCUCGCAGCAGCUCCGUGGCCUCCUCUAGACCCUCCCCAGCACGUCCCGGUGCUACCGGGGGUCCCGGUGCAGCGGAGCGGGGCGGGCGGGCGGCCGCGGGGCGGGACGCGGCAGCGGAUCCGCCUCCACCCGCUCCCUCCCUCCCUCCCUCCGUCCCUCCGUCCCUCCCCCGCCGGUAGCAGGUCUGGGCACGGUUCGCAACUUGGCGGCUCGUCCCCUUCCUCCCUCCUGCCUCUCCCGGGCCAUGGCCGUGGCGGGCGGGCGGCCCCGCCGCUCCUAGAGCCGCUGCCGGGAGCCGCCGCCGCCGCGAUGAGCGCACUCGCCUUCGACGACGCGGCCCUGGAGGGGCUGACGCCGUCCCUCGGCCUCUCCGGGGCCAGCGACAUCGACACGGCCCUGCUCAGCGACAUCGACGACAUGCUCCAGCUGAUCAACGCACCCGACAAUGACUUCUCGGGGCUGUUUGACUCCUCAUUCGGUGUCCCCGAUGGCGCCGUGUCCCCGGGGCUGCCGCCCACCCCGGGCACCCUCAGCACCUUCCUGCCUUCCACCAAGGCUCCCCCCUCCACCAGCAGCGUCUACCCGGGGCCCCCCGGGAUGGUUCCCUUCACCCCACAGCCCCCGGCCCCGAUCCUACCGGCACCAGCACCGGGUGUAAAGGAGGAGCCGGCAGCUGUGCCCAGCAGCCAGCCCCAGCCCGGCGUGAUGAUGACCCCCAGCUUCAUCCCUACAUCCACCAGCCAGUUCAGCCCCCAGCCCGUGGUGGGCUACCAGAGCCAGCACAGCUUCUCCGCCGUGCAGCCUGGGGCUGUGGGGCAGACCCUCCCCAGCCCCCUGCCCGCCCCACAGCCUGGCCAGCCCCUGGCAGUGCAGAACGUGGCACCUCAGCAGCUCCUGCCCCCCGCUGCCCCUACAGCCCAGCCCGUCUCAUCCCACAUCCAGCCGGUGCCGGUCCUGCUGCAGCCCCAUUUCAUCAAGGCUGACUCCCUGCUGCUGACGGCCGUCAAGACGGAUGCUGGUAGUGCCAAGACCUCCAGCAUCACCUCCUUGGCCACCAGUGCCAGCGGCUCUGCUGCCCCACUGCAGGUGCCGGCACUGGUAACCGGAGGGACCAUCCUGGCCACGGUGCCGCUGGUGGUGGACACGGAGAAGCUGCCCAUCAACCGGCUGGCGCCCAGCGGGAAGCCGGCGCUGGCGCAGAGCAGGGGGGAGAAGCGGACGGCGCACAACGCCAUUGAGAAGCGCUACCGCUCCUCCAUCAACGACAAGAUCGUGGAGCUCAAGGACCUGGUGGUGGGCACCGAGGCCAAGCUCAAUAAGUCGGCAAUCCUGAGGAAGGCCAUUGAGUACAUCCGCUUCCUGCAGCAGAACAACCAGAAGCUGAAGCAGGAGAACCUCAGCCUGAAGAUGGCCAUGCAGAAGAACAAAUCCCUGAAGGACCUGGUGUCCUCCUGCAGCGGGGGGGCCAAGGCGGAGGCCCCCAUGGAGGUGGUGAAGGCGGAGGUGAUGGAGAUGCUGACGCCGCCACCGUCGGACGUGGGCUCACCCAACCACAGCAGCCCCCUCUCGUUCAGCGGGGGCAGCAGCAACAGCAGCAGCGACUCGGAGCCCGAUAGUCCCCUCUGCGACCAUGGCAAGGUGAAGCAGGAGCACCCACCACCCUCGCCCAGCAGCCAGGGCAUGCUGGACCGGUCCCGCAUGGCCCUGUGCGCCUUCGUGUUCCUCUGCCUCUCCUUCAACCCCCUGGCCUCCCUCCUCCGGGGGUCUGGGGGGGCCCCGGCCCCUGUGAGGAGCUCGGGCACCGCUGGAGCCAGCAGGAGCAUCAUGGCUGAGUCUGGUGCCGUCGUCGAGGAGCCGUGGGGCUGGUCGCAGUGGCUGUGGCCCACGCUGGCCUUCUGGGCGCUGAACGCGGCGCUGGUGCUGGGGGCCGUGGUGCGGCUCUUCGUAUGUGGGGAGCCCGUCACCCGGCCCCACUCCGAGCCCUCCAUCCUCUUCUGGCGCCACCGCCGGCAGGCAGACCUGGACCUCGACCGGGGGGACUUUGCGCAGGGGGCGCAGCACUUGCGCACGGCGCUGGCGGCGCUGGGCCGGCCGCUGCCCGCCUCGCACGGGGACCUGGCCUGCAGCCUGCUCUGGACCCUGCUGCGCCACCUCCUGCAGCGCCUCUGGGUAGGGCGCUGGCUGGCCGCCCGCGCCGGGGGGCUGCGCCCGGACCCCCCGCCGCCUGCCCACGUCCGGCAGAGCGCCCGUGACGCCGCCAUGGCGUACCACCGCCUGCACCAGCUCCACCUCGCCGGGAAGCAGGCCGGGGGGCACCUCCUGGCUAUCAACCUGGCACUGAGCGCUGUGAACCUGGCUGAGUGCGCCGGUGAUGCCGUAUCCGUGGCUGCCCUGGCUGAGAUCUACGUGGCAGCCGCGCUGCGGGUCAAGGCCAGCCUGCACCGCUGCUUCCACUUCUUGGCGCGCCCCUUCCUGUGCAGCGCCCGGCGCGUGGCUCUGUCCCACGGUGGGGCCGUGCCCCCUGCCAUGCAGUGGCUCUGCCACCCCUUGGGCCACCGCUUCUUCGUGGAUGGGGACUGGGCUGUCAAAGGUGUCCCAAGGGAGACCAUCUACAGCUCUGCCGGCAACCCAGUGGACCCGCUGGCACAGGUGACCCAGCUCUUCCGUGAGCACCUCCUGGAGAAGGCGCUGUUCUGUGUGGCCAUGCCCGAGCCUGGCCGCCCCACUGCCCAGGGAGAGGGGCGCUUCUCUGAUGCCCUCGAGUACCUCCAGCUCCUCAAUGGUUGCUCCAAUGUGAGUGGUGCAACCAGCCCCGCUCCCUCCAUCAGCUCCGGCUUGGCCGCUGUCACAGGCACCGAUCCCGUGUCCAAGUGGUGGGCAUCCAUCAUCGGCACCGUUAUUCACUGGCUGCGGGGAGAUGAGGAGGGGGCCGAGCGCCUGUACCCGCUGGUGGAGACCAUGCCCCGGGCACUGCAGAGCUCAGACAAGCCCCUGCCCCGCGCUGCCCUUCAUGCAUUCCGAGCUGUCCGUGCCAUGCUGAGCAAGCAGGAUGGGAGCCAGGCCAGCCUGAGCCACUGCGAGAAGGCCAGCGGGUGCCUGCGGGAGAGCCUGGAGCUCGGCAGCCCCCCCAAGGCCACCAUCGACAAGGCUGUCCAGCUCCUUCUGUGCGACCUGCUCCUGGUGACCCGCACCAACCUGUGGCAGCAGCAGAUGAGCGCCAGCCAGCAGCGCAGUUGCCUCUACCAGGCGUCCGCCCUCGAGCUCCGUGGCUUCCAGCAGGACCUCAGCAGCCUGCGGCGCCUGGCACAGACCCUCCGCCCCGCCAUGCGCCGGGUGUUCCUGCAUGAAGCCACCGCCAGGCUCAUGGCCCGGGCCAGCCCCACACGCACCCAUCAACUGCUGGACCGCAGCCUGCGGAGGAGAGGGGGGCAAGGCAGCAAAGCAGCCGGUGAGCCGGAGAGCCACCCCUCCCCACGGGAGCACGCCGAAGCCCUGCUCCUUGCCUGCUGCUACCUCCCGCCCAGCUUCCUCUCGGGACCGGGACAACGGGUGGGAAUGCUGGCCGAGGCCGCCCGCACGCUGGAGAAGCUGGGGGACAAGCGGACCCUGCACGACUGCCAGCAGAUGAUCAUCAAGCUGGGCAGCGGCACCACCGUCACAUCGGGAUAGAUGGGGAUGGGGGGCACAGCAUCCCUGCUACCCCCUGCGGGGCUGGGAUGCGGGGAGGCACGUGCCUCAGUUUCCCCUGGGAUGGGACCCCUUUCUAUGGGAUGGGGUUUUAAGGUGAAGGGGUGGGUGAGGAGAGGCAGGGUGAUCCCCCGUGACACCGGGGACAGGGGUGGAGGGUCCUGGUGUGGGAUACACACACAUGGGGGUACCCCGGGUGCGCUUGUCCCCCUCCAUGGCUCUGUCCUUGUCCCACCCCCCCCAUGGCUCUGUCCUUGUCCCCAGCCCAACGUGGGUGAUGGGACGUGGGGACCUCUAGUGACACUGUCACAGUAUUGCAUGGCUCUGGGAUGCUGCUUGGCCCCCGUGCCACCCAGUACCCCCCAAUGCCCUGGCACAGGGGGGCGCCCAUCCUCGCCUCCCAUCUCCCGCUAUCCCUACCCGGCCCCACUGCUGCAGGGGGGUUUGGGGGCGCCUUGGCUUUGCCCCCAUGAUACUGGGGGGGAAGAGGUUUGACUCCAUGGUGGCCCCCUCCUCAUCUCCCCCCAUCCAUACCCAUGGUAGCUAAAAGGGGACCCCCAGCCUGUCCCCCCUCCCCCAGCACUGACCAGUCCCCUCAGUUAGGAGCUGCCUUUAGGAGAAGGGAUGGCAGGAUGCAACAGGGCUUCUGGGGUGGGGACAUGACUGUGGGUACCCCCAUCCCCUUGCUUCACCCCCUCUUGUACAUAGCCCCCUGCCUUGCCCCCCGCCUUGCCUUUUUAAACGGUAUUUUCAUAGUCGGAGAGUUUUGUACAGACAAUUAAAGCUGAUUAUUUAUA